AUGUUUGGCGACCAAGCACUGAAACUAGUCACAGAAGCCAAGGCCUGCUUGAACCUUGAUACUGUCAAACCCUACAAUGACGAGUUAAUAAGGGCUCUGAUUCUCGAGACAAAACAGCUCCACACCCAUCUCACCACCCUUCUUAGCACACUCGAAACGCAAUCGCACCAACUUUCGCCUGCAGACGUCUCCGGCUUACAAUCUCAACUACUCAUGCUCCAUCUCAUAGUUCAAUACAAUAAACGCUCCCUCCUGAUUUAUCACAACAUUCGCAUCGACCUCCUCUCCUCCCAUCUUUCACGCCACGCCUAUUCUCUUCGCGUCCUAUUCUCAAAAGAACCGCAUCUGCGAACAGCACUCUCUCCGUACGAACAAGAUCAUCUAAAACGAUACUCCGACCUAAUCCAUCGUACCAAACUCACAUACCUCGAUCUAUCUCCGAACUUAAGGCUAGAUAUCUCAGACCAUCAGGUAUACGAACCAGUCCCAACAGACCUACUCGUAACAGUAAAAGUAAACAGAGAGUUGAACGAUGUUUGGUUAACUUCCAACCAGACAGCGCCGACGACAUUUGCAAAGGAUCAAACAUUGACCAUCAAUAGGGGUGAUGUUAGGGCUUUGAUCAAUAGAGGUUGGGUCAGUGUUGUCCAUCAAUAG